AAAUAAUUAAUAAAAAUAGUAGAACGUCAAAUAGAAAGGUUAACUUUAAUAGAAUUUUAGUUUUUAUCAUAUUGCAUAUCUAAAUUUUGCUAAAAAUAAUCGUUUUCUUAUGUAAAUCUUUAAACAACGAAUAAAGUGAGUGUCGAGUUUUUAUUUCAAGCAAUUAUCAGCCAAUAUGUUGUCUUUGAAUGUACGAAAUGUUGUUAAAAGGACGAUAAGCCGGGUACUGUUUAGUUCUGCUACUACUAGUACCAAAGAAGCUGUUAAAGAUCCUGUACAAGAAGCAUCAUUGAAGGAAAAAUGUUUCUUGGUUGAUGAACAUGAUAAAAUUGUGGGUCAAGCUUCAAAAAAGGAAUGUCAUUUGGUCCAAGAAAACGAUUAUAUACCGUUACAUCGAGCAUUCAGCGUUUUCUUGUUUAACAAGAAAGGAGAUUUGCUAUUACAGAAACGAUCAUCACAUAAGUUAACUUAUCCAGAUUGUUAUACUAAUAGUUGCUGUAGUCAUCCUGUAGCAAAUUAUGAAGGUGAGGAUGAAGAAGAGGAUGCUAUAGGAAUUAAAAGGGCAGCACAAAGAAGAAUGAAUUAUGAGCUAGGAAUUCCUAAAGAACAGAUCCCGUUAGAGAAGUUGCAUUAUAUUACAAGAAUUUGGUACAAAGACACUGGUAAUGGUAAAUGGGGAGAACAUGAAAUUGAUUACGUUCUGAUAUUUCAAGAUAAUGUUAAAAUUAAGCCAAAUUCAAAUGAAAUUUCUGCAUACAGUUUUGUACCACGUGAAGAGCUUGAUUCAUAUAUACCCACAUUAGAUGGACCUUUAACACCUUGGUUUUCUAUUAUA